UCUAAUCAUAAGGUCCGACACGGCUCUACACAGCCGACUCUGGAUAGAACCCGUAAACCAAACUAUUCGUUCCAGUUUGAGAUUUUUAAAAUUGACUUAACAAAAGAUUAGAAAAAGACUGACCACGAAACCAAACUGAUGACCGGUUUAGACAGUUUCAUAGUUUUAAGCCGAACUAAACACCCCUACAUGGCUACAUACAAACACGCAUGUAGACAACUAAAGCUAGGUAUGAUCUGUUACCAUCUAAUACUCUCGUGUAAAUAUUUUGCAGAUGAUCGGAGCAACUAUGUCUAUGAAGACAAAUUCGUGUAUGAAGACAAAUUCAGGCCAUAAGAACAAGAACAAGAUAUCAAAAACUGAAAGUGACCUUUGUAUUGUCUCCGAAUAUGUAACUGGAGGAUCUUUGAGAUCAUACUUGUGUAAAAACCGUGAUAAGAAGCUACCUAUAAAAGUUGUUUGUCAAUUUGGCCUUGAUAUUGCGAAAGGGUUGAGUUAUCUUCAUUCCAAGAAGAUAAUUCAUCUUGAUGUGAAGCCAGAGAACAUACUUAUCGACAGUCAAAACAAGAAGCUGAAACUUGCUGAUUUUGGAGAGGCAGUUUUUGAUCCUUUAGAGUUAUUUACGAGUGGUGAAGUCGGGACUCGAGGUUAUAUGGCUCCUGAGGUUUUAAGCAAAAAACCAAACGGAUUUAAAUGUGAUGUUUAUAGCUUUGGGAUAUGCUUGUGGGAGAUAUAUUGUUGUGAAAUGGCAUAUACGUAUGACUUAGACAACAUCCCGGUAGAAAUAUACAAGGAAAUGCGACCGAGCAUACCUGUGAAUUGUCCAAGAUCACUUGCUCGGUUAAUGCAAAGUUGUUGGGAUACGGAUUCUAGAAGAAGACCGGAGAUGAAGGAUGUGGUUGUUGAAUUGGAAGAAAUCAUGAAAAUCGAAGGGUGGCAAGCAUUGUCAAAGGAUCAAAAUAAUGUUUUCGGUUGCUUCGGAUUUUUAAGCCAUGCAAGAUAGGAUAGAUGAUGCAAGUAGAGUCAAUUUCAUGUAAACACAGAUUACAUACAUAGGGAUGUUAACGUUGUAAACUAUACCAUUUUUAUGUUUUGUUGUUUAAAUGAAAUCAGCUGGUGUGACUGUU